GUCUCCACCAAUGGAUUGUGUGGGAACGGGACUACCUGUCUGGGCUCGUCGUUUGGAGACUGCUGUUCCAUCUCUGGGUAUUGUGGCAGCACUUCCGACUACUGCACGGCCGGAAUCUGCGAUGCGACCCAUGGCCUCUGUGUCUCAGGUAACCCUGUCUCGCUAGACGGCCUCUGUGCAUCCAAGUCGUCAACCAACGCGACUUGUGCUGGAAGUGAGUUUGGAUCUUGCUGCUCGGUUGACGGUUAUUGCGGUAGUACCUCUGACUAUUGUGGCUACAAAACAUGUCAGAGCGAGUUUGGAAGCUGUGAUGAAGCUCCUUCAGUCAGCUCUGACGGAUUGUGCGGUGCUCUCUCAUCAGUUAACGCCACAUGUGCCGGUAGCACAUUUGGCGACUGUUGUUCGAUUCAUGGAUAUUGUGGCAGCGCGUCCGACUACUGUGCCUACGAUAGCUGCCAGUCGGCAUUUGGCUCCUGCGAUGCUGGUUCUACAAUCAGCACCGAUGGCCUCUGCGGGGCUCUCUCGUCUUCUAAUGCUACCUGUGCUGGAAGUACUUUUGGCGACUGCUGUUCGAUUGACGGCUACUGUGGCAGCACGUCUGACUACUGUGCCUAUGAUAGUUGUCAGUCAGUGUUUGGAACGUGUAAUCCCGGCCCUACCGUCAGUUCAGAUGGGCUUUGCGGCGCCCUUUCAUCUACCAACGCUACUUGUGAGGGUAGCACCUUCGGGAGCUGUUGUUCAGUUAAUGGCUACUGUGGAAGCACCGACGAGUACUGCGGCAUCGGGACCUGCGACUCUGCGUAUGGUAACUGUGAUACGGUGGCCGUGAGUCCAGACGGACUGUGCGGCUCCAUGUCUUCUGUCAACGCAAGCUGUGCGGGCAGUCAGUUUGGGGAUUGUUGCUCGACAAGCGGCUACUGUGGCAGUACAGAUGCAUACUGCGGAAUCGGCCAGUGUCAGUCUACAUUUGGUAGCUGCGACGAGCUGCCAGUUAGCUCGGACGGUCUUUGUGGAUUUAUGAGCUUUAACAGCGCAACGUGCCUGGGCAGUCAGUUCGGCGACUGUUGCUCGGUGAACGGAUACUGUGGUAGCUCAGAUGCUUACUGC